CGGCGGCCCGGGAGACAAAGCAACGCCGCCACCACCGUCGCGCGGGACCCGGGCCAUGGCCGGGCGGUCCCGCCGCCGAGGCCUGCGCAGCGAGGUAUUUGAGGACCUACUGCAUGCCAGACACUGGAAUUAAGACAACCCCCCCUGGCCUCCUGAGCAGGCACAAAUGGCCCAGACACCAAAACAGAGGCCCAGAGAGGCUGAUAGCUUGCCUGGGGUCACCCAGCCUGGAGAGGACAGAGCUGCUGUGUGAACUGUGUGAGCCAAGACUGGAGCUGGACAGAGCACGGGGAGGCCAGCGGUGGCCAAAGAGGCCCGCGGCCAUGAAGCUGAACGAGCGCAGCCUGGCCUGCUAUGCCACGUGCGACGCGCCGGUGGACCGCGCGGGCUUCCUGCACAAGCUGGGCGGGCGACACGCGACCUUCCAGCGGCGCUGGUUCGUGCUGCGCGGGAACAUGCUCUUCUACUUCGAGGAGGCGGCGGCGGGCGAGCCGCAGGGCGUCAUCGUGCUGGAGGGCUGCACGGUGGAGCUGGCCGAGGCCGCGCGCUUCCCCUUCGCCUUCGCCGUGCGCUUCGCGGGCGCGCGCGCGCGCUCCUACGUGCUCGCGGCCGACAGCCAGGCUGCGCUCGAGGCCUGGGUCAAGGCGCUGUCGCGCGCCAGCUUCGCCUACCUGCGCCUGGUGGUGCGCGAGCUGGAGCAGCAGCUGGCGGCCGCGCGCACCGGCACGACCCCGCCGUCCCCGCCAUCCCCGCCAUCCCCGCCGCCCGGCGACGGCAAAGCCAACGGCCGCGCCGCCUGGAGCGCCGAGCCCCCCGCCGGCCCCGAACGCCCCCCGCUGCCGCCCCGCCGCCGGGCCUCGGCGCCCCCCGGACCCCCGGCCGCCGCUGCGCCCUUCGCGCGGCUGCACGAGUGGUACGGACAGGAGGUCCGCGCCCUCCGCAGCCAGUGGCGCAGCCAGGCCCAGCCCUGAGGGACGUCAUGCAUAGCGCGGAC